AUGGGUCCUAUGGGUCCAGAGGGCCUGACUGGAGUGACUGGUCCUCAGGGUCCAAUGGGAAUGGACGGCGCUGCUGGUCCUCCCGGAUUAAGCGGCGAGAAGGGUGACCGUGGCCGCGAGGGUCCUCAGGGAAACAUGGGUCCCCAGGGUCCCAUUGGUGCACUGGGUAACAUUGGUCCCUCUGGAGAGCCCGGACCCACCGGU